UAUUCGGACAAUAUUGCCAAUGGCUUGUGAAGUUCAAAUUCGUAUUGGAAGCAGUAACACGUGGUUUCGAUAACCUUUCCUUUCUGUUCAGAAUUGUUUUUUUCAUAAGGCAUUAGUCUUUUGUCCGAUAUAUGAUUAAAGAAGAUGUCACGCUCCGUGAAAGAUUCAGACGAUGAUUUUGAGCCAAAACCAUCUGUUGGUCGUAUGCAGACUCGAAUGCUUACUAUACAAUCGGCGAAUUCUCCGUUACGCCGAAGCAGCAGAAUAAAACAGAAUAAAUAUUCGCCAGGUUCUGAAAGUGAUAGUAGUAUCAGCAGUAUUCAAACAACUCGGAGUGCUAGACCACGAACAACAACUAUGGAUUCCACUGCCUCAGAUACAACAAAGAAGUUACGUACUAGAAAGCAUUCCAUUUCUUCAGAAAUUAGUGAGAUUGACAUUGAUAUCCCACGAACACCUGUAAAACGAACUACAAGACAAAGUUUAGGAGCUACAAGUCUUAUUAAUACACCAACCAGAGUUAAUACUCGAGCAACCAGUAAGCGCUUUAUGCGUGCUGGUUCCGAGACAAAAUCACCAUUGCCAGCAACUAGAACCACACGUAGAACAAGAGCAAGGUCUAUCGAUCCAGAAUCUUUGACUGAAAAUAAGAACCAAUCUAGUUCACCAACCAAGACACGUAGGCGAGCAUCUGUGUUGCCAUCGAGUUCUCAGAUUAAAGAACAAACUGAACCCAAUGAUCAUAUACCUUAUGUACGAUUGGAUUCUACAAUAGUUGAAACUGAUGAAAUUACAAAUUCCGGAAAUUCAGAUUCUUCGCCAGAUAAACAUUUACAUCAAAUUAAAAGAAAACUUCAAAAUGUAGUUAAAGAUAAAGUUGAAGAAGAUGAUAGUGAGUAUGAAAAUGUAAAGACUUCAACUGAUUCGUCAAAAUCUGAUGAAACACUUCAAUUGUCAGAAAAAAAAGAUGCAACACAAACUGAGGAUAUUACUAGAGAAACAGCGAAGGACACAGAGAAUACUCUCGAUAAAGAGCAAAAGAAGUUUGAAGAAACUCCAUCAUCCGACAAGAGUACAAUCGAAGAAUUCUCUACCUACUCUUCUCCAAAUCAUCAAAAUUCCACAAAAAAAGACACAAAAAUUGAAAAUCUUUCAGAUAUAGAAAAUUCAUUACUCGACAUAUGUGGAUCAAAUAAAGAAAUGGAGGUUAUGCCCGAAAACUUAUCAGGUACUUCUAUUGAGGAGGAAAAAAGUAACAAGGAAAAUCAAAUGCUGAAUGUUAUUAGUGAUGUAGCAGAAAAGCUUGUGCAGCCUAAGUCGGCAUCUUCUAUCAAACCUUUUACUUCACCUUUUAUGGAUAAAUUAUUAACUGAGAAGGAAACUAUAAAAAAGGAUGUAAAUUUAAAUAAGAGGAUUCGCUCAAGAGAAUCGACAGAAGUUGCAAUUAAAUAUAGUGAUCUGUCAAAAGAAACUAUUGAUAAUUCUCAAGAAAAAAUGGAUAUUUCUAUAAAAUCUAUAAAUUCAAGUGCUUCAGAUAAAAUUAUUUUGUUACAUGAAAGUACAGAAGUAGUUGAUAAAGUUGCUAACAAAGAUGAAAUAUCUACUGAAAAUAUAUCUGCUUAUAAAGAGGAUGCAACGGAAAUAAUUAGCGAAUUAGGGAAAACUGAUACAAAAGAAUGUACUACUACAGAUAACAAAAAUUUUAACAAAAGUGAGUCAGAUGAAGUAGAUAAAACAUCGCGUUUAUCUAUAAAUCUAGAUAAGUCAAAGCAGACAAGUGAUAGUAGAGAAAGUCUCGCUUCUAUGGAUGAAAACGAAAUAAAAUUAGCGUUAGAAGAACAAAAUCCACAUUGUAAUGAUAACGAAGUUUCAUUAAACGUAGCACACUCUAAGCCUGAUCAAUCAGUAGAUUUACAAAUAUCGUCACCAAUUAAUAAAACAUCUAAUAACUCAGCUACUGUAACAGAUAAAGUUUUAACUCAAGUUAAGAUAAUAGUAACUGAUAGUUCUGAUUCUACAGAAGAGGAAAAUUUAUUGAAAGAAGAAACAGAGGAAACGACGUCCCUAUCUUCUAAUGUUGUCCUGGAGACAAAUAAUUCCACAAGUAAUGACUCGAAUGAUACAAUAAUUCAAGAUAACCAAUUUACUGAUGUAAUAGAAGCAUCUAAAAAAUCGGCAAUGGAUAUAUCAUUUGAGAAAACAGAUUCAAAAGAUGUUUUGUCAGAAAAAGUGAAGCCAAAUUUAAAACGGAAAAGUACAGAUAAUUUAGAAGGAGAAAAGCAAAGUUUACAAAUGGAAAGGACUCAAAAAGAUCAAGAAAAUAUAAAUGUCGUUGAUGAUGUUUCUGAUGUCAAUGACGGCAUUAGUUUAUUCCAAGAUAUCCCCGCUGACAAAUGGAAGGAGAAAAACGAUGUUAAAACUGGUUCAGUACAGUCUACCUCCCAACUAGUGGAAGAGGAGGAAAAAGAAAAUGAAUCUGAACACGAUCUUAUCUUAGUGGACAAACAAGCAUGGUUGGCGGCUGAAACCAUAAAAGCGGUAAAAGAAGCAGAAGCUUUUGAAUACGAUUCCGAUGACACCGUAUUAUUAAAGAGUCGAUUAGACUCGCUCGCGUCACAAGCGAAUUAUAAUAUUGAACAAUUAGCCACCGUAGAUGAAGAACUUACAUUGGAUAUUGAUUCUAAUGAAAAAAAUGAAAAACAAGUAAAAAAACGAAAAUCAAGAACUAAAAAGAGACUUGUAUCCGAAAUAGAUGAAGAUAUUUCUAGAUAUACAGAAGAUGAGAAUUUAAUCCCUGUUGAUAAAUCUUUAAAUGAUUCCAAAACAGCUUUAAAUCGAACUAAUGACCGAUCCAUAUCCAGAUUAAAUAAAUCAGGACAGUCAGAAAAAACAAAAAGACGAUCUUCCAAAGCAAGUAAUGAAUUAGAGAAAGAAAUUGAAGAUGAUUCCAAUGAAUUAAAUAGAAGUUCGCUAACAAGUAGGAACAAUAUAUCUUUACGAAAAUCGACAGGAAAAAGAACAUCAUUAAACAAAUCUUCGAAAGAUGUAUCUAUGCAAAAUAUUUCUCCAAAUAAAUCUCAAACAGAUAAUUCAGAGAAAGAACUUGACACAGCUGCACGUACUAGGAAAAAAUUAUAUAAGAAAAAACGUUCCUUAGAACAAUCGUGUAAUGAAGAUAUAGAUGAUAAUGCAACCGAAUCUGAAAAGAAGAAUGUAGCAACUGAAAAUUGCAAAAAGCAUGAAAAUACAUCCUUAAAUCAUUCUACGGGUCAGGAAUCAGAGCCGAUGGAUACUGGAAAAAUAAUGCAUUUGAACGAAAGUGAUGAUAGCGACAUAGAUGUAAGCGUAAUAGCUAUGGAUCUUGCAUCUAAAACUUCUAUGAUAGCAAAUAUGGGAUCGGAUAGCGAUGAAUCGAAUCAAGUUCCAUUCCGUGAAUACCUAUUUAGAAAAGCAAACAGCGAAAGUAGUAGUACUGACGAUAGUAAUGGCUAUUCUGAUAGCCUCAACAGAGAAUACAAUCUGGAUGGAUUGGAACGUAAGUUUUCUGAUGAUGAUGUAGCUGCUGAUGAAUGUAGGGAUUCAGAAGUAGAAUUUUCAGAUUCUGAUGAUAACGGUUCAGAUCUUGAAGAUUUUAUAGUUGAUGAUAAUGAAGUAGAAAAUGAUGAAGAAGAUAAUGACAUUGAAGCAGAAAAUGACGACGAAGAAAAUGAUGAAGAAGAUAAUGACAUUGAAGCAGAAAAUGACGAUGAAGAAGAUAAUGACAUUGAAGCAGAAAAUGACGAUGAAGAAGAUAAUGAUACUGGAGCAGAAAAUGCUGAAGAAGAUAAUGACAUUGAAGCAGAAAAUGACAAAGAAGAUAAUGAAGAUGAUGAUAACGCUGUACAAAAAGAAAAAGUGGAAGAUGAAAAAGAGAAAGCGAAUUUUAACACGAAAUUAAUAAAUCUCGAAAGUGAAAAUGAAGACAAUGAAGAUGUACAGAAAAAAGAUAUAGCAGACAAAGACACAAAUCAAAAUAAAUUCAUCAAAAUGGAAGAUGUUUCUUUAUACGCCAAUACCUCUCAUAAACUGUCAAAAACCCAUAAAAAUAAUAACAAAUCUAUCGAACAUAUUUCACCUUGUAGAAGUGAGACAGAAACAAAACAAAACAAAAAAAUGAAAUCUAAUAUGAAGAAAAAUGAGAAACCUAUUUUACAAGAUUUAUCAAAUUCAAACUUGUCGAGUAAGAAGAAGAAAAAAAAAUCUUUUGUGAAGGAAAAUGAAACUGCUUCGUUCGAAAUGUGUCACUUAGCCUCUUCAUCACUUCAAAAUAUGUUGACUCCACAACAUUCACAAACUGAAACUGAACGCAACUUGAGUGAACAAUUAAAUAAAUGUAAAUCAGCAUUUGCAAAAUUGUCGGAAUUACACGCGUUAAUGGAAUUUAGUACCUCAGAUCUUAACAGCUGUAAGAAAUUAGAACUUGAUGAAACAUUUGAAAGAAUUCCGGAAAAUAAAGCUAAUAAGUCAAACAAUACGAUUAAAACAACACAAAAUAUUUCAGUCAAGGAUGAAUCAAAGGAUCUUAUAUUAAAUAAAGACAGUCCGAAGAAGUUCGAAGAUGCAAGUAAAGAAAAGAUAUCAGACGAUCUUUUACCUGACUUAUUGAAAAAGAUAAGAGGGUUAACAAAUCCUCUGAAAUCACUCAAGACAUCAUCACGUAAAACAAUGAAUAUAGAUAUUGAAACACCAAGAUUAAAAUAUCUUAGAAAAGAGAAAUUAAACGAAAGUGCGCCAACUAAAUUAGAAUAUAGUACAGAAACUAAUUCAUUACAGGAACAAUUAUCUGCAGAAAAGGAUAUUACACAAAUAAGAAUAAAAGAGAAAAAUAAAGACAAAAUAUAUGAUUUGAUAAUACCGUCUAAUGACGAUGUCAUACAAAAAUGUAGUCAAAAGAAACAGAAAAAACGUAAAAGACAAGACUCGUCAAAUAAAAAUAUGAGUGAUAAAGUUUUGUCUGAAGACGUAACAGAAUUAAAUGUUCCUAAAAAGAAAAUCAAGCUAACUCCAUUAACUAAUGUAGAAGAUAUCCACAAAGAUAUAUGUGAGACUAAUAAGAAAAAGAACAAAAAAGAUAAAUUAAAGGAAAAUAUCACUGAUCAAGCUAAAAACGCUAUAGAAUUAAAUGUUCCUAAAAAGAAAAUCAAGCUAACUCCAUUAACUAAUGUAGAAGAUAUCCACAAAGAUACAUGUGAGACUAAUAAGAAAAAGAACAAAAAAGAUAAAUUAAAGGAAAAUAUCACUGAUAAAGCUAAAAACGCUAUAGAAUUAAAUGUUUCUAAAAAGAAGAAGCCUGUUAAGCUUACUCAAUUAUCUACAGUAGAGGACAAUACUCUUAAAGAUGUAUCAUUAUCUCAUAGUGAUGAGAGAAAGCUAAAACAAUUAAUGAGAUCUAUCACUCGUGAAGUUUGGUCUCAAGAUAUAACAAAAUUGAAGAAAUAUAAACUUACCCAAUUGCCCGUUGUAGAGGACAAUAUUCGCGAAAAUAUAUGUCAAAUUAAUGAGAGAAAAAAGAAAAAGGAAAAACAAGAUACAUCAAAAAAUGUAAUCGAUAAACCUUCAUCUACAGAUAUUGAAAUAAAGAUUCCUAAAAAGAAGAAACGUGCUAAAUUUACUCAAUUACCUAUCGUAGAGGAUGCUCACGAAGAGGCAUGCCAAAUCAAUAAGAUUAAGAAGAAAAAGAAACAAAUUAAUACAGUUGAAGAGAAUACAAAUGUAAACAAAGACAAUAUGCUUCGAGAUAUUCGCGGGAAUAAAACAGAGUUACCACAGUACAAGAAGAAAAAUAAAGUCGUUAAUAGUUUAGAGUUGGAUUUACUUACAGAUAAACAAGAACAGCAAGUAAAAAAGAAAAUUAAACGGCAAGAGACAGUGGAAAAUAUUGAAACAAAGAAGAAAAAGAAAAAGAAGAAGGAAGAGGAAGAUACUUUGUCAAUACAAAUUCCAGCUCCAAAAAAGUCUGAGAAAAUUUUGUCUAGUAAAUUACGAUUACAAAAAACUACAUUAGGUAUGAGUGAAUCGAAAAAUGUAGCCUAUAACACUAAGAAACUAGAUGAAACUGAUGCAAAGCUGUAUACUGAAGAAUCGAGGUCCAAGAAGAAACGCAACCGAAGUGAAGAUAUUGAAAAUGCGAUCUGUAUGAAUAUUCCUACGAAAUCAAAGAAAGAAAUCAAAGAAAGAAAAUGUUUACUGCCUUCAAGCAGUCUGAAACGACUUCCGGACGAUGUGAUCGAAAAUCUUGCGGACGUGCCAACGAAAUCGAAAAAAAGACAGAAAACUUUGCGAGACAAGGAAAAAAUUGUAUCGUCAACAACGACGGGUAAAGUAAAGGUGACGACCACUGAUUGUGAUAACACAUUAAAUACUUCUGGUUGCACUACACAAUUCCGUGUAGUAAACUUGCAGAAGACUAAAAAACAGUCACUGAAAGGAGCUGCCGCUGCAACUUCGUUCAGAGAACGUAUGCUUGCUAGAAAUAACAGAGAACCAAUAUCGUCCUAUUUGAUGUUUUGCGAGAAAAUGAGUAAUUCCAAAUAAUAGAUUUUAUAAUAGAUGUUAUUUUUAGAUUUUACUGUCCGAA